AGCCUUUGUCCCAGGAGCAGGGCUCCGCACUCCCAGGUUUGCACUGACGCUAACACGAGCUGGCCGUCCAGCCCCAGUCUCAGCAUCACCCCCACGCUGGGAGCAGCACAGGUCGAAGGAAGAAUGGAGUACAAAGCCAAGGCUGUGGCAGCUCUCCUGGCAGCCACCUGUGUCUUCAGCAUCAUUGCCCUCAUACUGACUGUCGUAAAUGUGAAGGAGGUACUUCUGCCUCCCAGCACCAAGUACGGCCUGGUGUUCGACGCCGGCUCCACGCACACGGCUCUCUACAUCUACCAGUGGCCAGCAGACAAGGAGAAUGACACAGGCAUCGUCAGCCAGGUGGAGUCCUGUGCUGUGUCUGGACCCGGCAUCUCCAGCUAUGCAGACAACCCUGCUCUGGCUGGAGCCAGCCUGAAGCCCUGCCUAGACAAGGCCAUGACGAUCAUCCCAGCAAAGCUGCAGCGGGACACCCCCGCCUACCUCGGGGCUACGGCAGGCAUGCGGCUGCUGAGGGAGCAGAACAGCACCAAAGCUGAGCAGGUCUUUGCCGAGGUCGUCAAGGCCAUUCGCCAGUACCCGGUGGACUUCCGUGGAGCUCAGAUCCUCACGGGGAACGAGGAGGGCUCCUUUGGCUGGAUCACUGUCAACUACCUGCUGGAGACGCUCGUCAAGUUUUCCUUCGCAGAGAAAUGGGAACAUCCACAGGCCACGGAGGUGCUGGGAGCUCUGGACCUUGGAGGCGCCUCCACACAAAUCACCUUCCAGCCUGGAGGUACCAUUGAGGACAAAAACACCUCCGUCCUCUUCAGGCUCUACGGCACCAACUACUCGCUCUACACCCACAGCUAUCUCUGCUAUGGGCAGACGCAGGCCUUGAAGAUGCUGCUGGCGGCUCUGCGUGAGGGCAGCUCUUCUCCCCAGCGGAUAUUGCAUCCCUGCUACCCUAAGGGAUACCAGGAGAACAUCACCACAACAGACCUCUAUGACAGUCCCUGUGUCCCCACACCGAGCACACCCAGCACUGCCCAGGUCCUCACGGUGACGGGGACAGGAGACCCAGUGGCGUGCAGGACCGCCAUCCAGAAACUCUUCAACUUCAGCUGUGGGGCCCACAGGACGUGUGGGUUCAAUGGCAUUUAUCAGCCCCCUGUGCAGGGGCAGUUCUUCGCCUUCUCUGGGUUCUAUUACACCUUCCACUUCCUGAACCUGACUGGCCAGCAGUCUCUAGGCCACGUCAACUCCACGAUCUGGGCCUUCUGCAACACCACCUGGAAAGAGCUGGUGGAGAACUUCCCGGAGGAGAAGGAACGCCUGCACAUGUACUGCUCCUUUGCUGUUUACAUCCUGACACUACUCCUCGAUGGCUACAAGUUUGAUGAGCACACCUGGAGCAGCAUCCACUUCAGCAGGAAGGCAGCAAACACGGACAUCGGCUGGACUCUGGGUUUCAUGCUGAACCUCACCAACAUGAUCCCCACAGAGGCUCUGGUGUACGUCAAGGGGCAGCAGCCUGGUCUCUGGGCAAGUGCCAUCUUCUUCAUUGUGCUGACCAUUGUGGUGGGCUUGGUGGCCAUUUUUCUCCAGUGUUUCUGGAAACCCAAGUAGCUCCCUGGAUCCUGGCUCGGAUGGCCCUGCCCACCGAAACAGGCAGGAAGAAGUGGUAUGAGAGAAGACGGAAAACGAUGAGGGCAUAAGACCCUCUACAUUGUUCCGGAGGUCCGACUGGGUCAUCUCUGUGAAUACCUCAAAGAUGGCAAAGGCAACUUGAGCUCUCUACACCCCUCCAAGAGGAGAAGACUCCUGACUACAGAAACUUCUUCAAUCUGGCUGAUAAAGGCUGAGACUUGGUGGCUGGAAGAUGAAGCCAGAUAAAUUCACACUAGAAAUAAAAUCCUUUUUCUUUUUCAAA